CAUGCUUAAUUCCAUCGACUUCCAGCCCGGAUUUAGAAACCUACAACACAAGCUGGCCAGAAGACAACAACACCGGAUUUAGGAAACUGACCCGGUGAAAAACAUGUGGGCACAUUACUGAUAAAAGGCCUCCUGUCGCUCCGCAGUUCAGGGUUAGACAGGGUCCAGGUGUAGGGUGGGAACACUGCAAACAUGUCUAGUGCUAGCGCUCGCUUGCUGCUUGUGGUUUUGGUUGGCACUGUGGAAGGGUUCACGCUGAAAUAUGCGGUUGACUGCUCUUACUCUUGUGAGCGGACCACCGCCUGCCCGGUGACGGCGGGCUGCAAAAGGACUGUGCUGGAUGACUGCGGCUGCUGCAAGGUUUGUGCAGCCGGCAGAGGAGAGGUGUGUUACCGCACCGUAGCCGGGAUGGACGGGGUUAAAUGCGGGCCUGGACUACGGUGCAACUUCAACAGCGACGAGGACGACUUUGGAGAUGAAUAUGGCAUUUGCAGAGAUUGCCCCUUUGGAACCUAUGGAUUAGAAUGCAGGAAGGUUUGUAAGUGUCAGUUCGGGAUCUGUAACAGAGUGACCGGGCAGUGCAUAAAGUUUCCGUUUUUCCAAAUUCAUGAAACGAAAACUGGAAACCACAGGAAAACUGCGCCUCCGUCAGGAAACGAGCAAGGAUCGGGCUAUAGCACUGAAGACUUGAAGACGAAUAUGCUCAGAGAUAAAAUGAACAGUUCAUUUGGAGAAAAGCAACAACCUCCUCGCUGACCUUCGUUAGGAUUUCUGGUCGGAAAGAAUGAAACUUACCAUUCAAACCCAUGGUGGCAACUUCUUUCAUAAACCAACCAAUCUGUAUUGUAUUUAAUUAUAUCUUUGUGGACAUUGAAAGUGUUGUUUGUAUAGAAGUAUUAUUUUUUGUAUAAAUGACAUUCUUGAUUUAUUACAUUUUGUAAAAAAAAAGAGUGCCUUAUCAAAUAUUUUGAAAUCUUCAUUUUCUGUGGUAGGUUUUGGAAAGGCCCAUGUAAACACUGUAACCUCACAACAGGGGAGAUUUGAUAAUGAAUUAGCUAAUACCAUGCUAUACCCCAAUGACUUGUAUUUGCCCCUCUGCCCUGUACAUCAAAAAUUGCUUCCUGUUCCUUUUGUAGUGCCAAAUACAACAAACCUUAAAUAAUCCAUGAAAUCCAGGUUUGCAAGAAGACAUCUCCAACAAUCUUCCCAAUUCCUGAAUAGAGGGAAAACUAAGCAUUUACUAGAUAUUCUUGUACCUCAUCACUUGAACUUCUCCUUUCACCUCUUAGUACUUACUAUUUCAUGCAUAUUAUAAUGCUCAAAUCUCCUUCAAACUUUCCUUUCUUAAAAAAAAACAUAACAAAUAGGAAUUGGUUUAUUCAGCUUUCUCCAGUAUUCAUUAAGCUGAUCUGAUUUUGGCUUCAAUACUUCCCUGCUUUUUCUAACUUCUGGUUUGGGUGUUGUUUAGGUUUUAAAUAUGAUUACCACAGCCAUGUCUCUCUUUUUAAUAUCUCAACUAAAUCAAAUAAAAGUAUAUUUUUAAAAAUUCCAGUCCUUCAUCUAAUGUUCUUUUUUUAGAUCCUGACAGAACAUGUUCCACAGCCUCCUUAUUCCCCCUCCAAUUCAGUUUUACAUAACAGAAGGGAAUGCAAGAAAUUGUCAUAUAUGUUUGCUCAAAGUUGGUCCAGUAGGAUCCUGAAAUAUAAGUUUACUUCCUACCCAGCAGUAGUUUUUCAUGACUUUUUGAAGUUUUGAAGUUGCAAGCCUGUGAAAAUAACUUACCAACAUUAAUCCUUGUCAUAAUUUUGUAUGUUUUAGUGAGAUACUUUCACAUUUUUUUCAGAACUCCAGAAGGCAUAGGCUGACUCUUUUUAAAUCUUUCUUUGGUUCUUCCAUCUUGAUAAUCAGUUACAGUUUCUACACUGCAUUGACUCCAGGGCAAGUACUUUUUCAAUGGCUGUGAAAGCCAAAACUGCACACAGCAUUCCAAAUCUGUUCUUAACAAUAAUAUACACAUUUUAGUAACUUAAGCUCAACAUAAUUUUUAUCUUGUUAAGCACUUACUAUAAUUGGAUAUUAACAUCCUACAUCUCAAUAAAUCUCACCAAAUCAAUAUUUACCAGUUGCUCAUCAUUUUCUUCAUUUCAAAGUGUAACUUUAUUAUACUCUGUUACCUUCCUACCUCUUUGCACUCAUUCUUAUCAUUAUACAAAUUCUUUGUAUUCUUCUCAUAUCUCUGAAGUCUCAUCAUUGGAAAUUUUUCACUCUCUGGGCCACAGCAUUGGCCUAUUAGUUUAAAAAAUAGUACAUUGCAUGCAAAUUGGUAAGGGUAGUGAUCAGCAUAAUACUGCUUAGCCUCAAUAAAAUGGUCAACAAAAUUGUACGUUAAGUUGAUGACAGCAUUGAACUUUUUAUUAUAUUGCCAUUUUUUUGAUCAUAUGUCGAAUUUAGCUGUUGUUGGUCAGGUAUUAUGUGCAGAUUUAAAACAGUUUAUCUUGUUAACAAAUACUAUAGGAGAAUUUUACAUAUGUUAAAACAUUGCAAAACAAAUCUGUCCUUAACGUUCAUCAUCUUAGUACAGAAAUGCUUAUAUUUCUCCUACACUAGGUAUUUUCCAUGCAGACAACAGAGAAAAUAGCUUAGUUUUCAAUGAGCUUCACUAUAUGUAUAAUAUAUAGUGAAAAGGAAAAAUGUGAUUAUGUUUAUGAAAAAAAUGGAUGAAGAUGAAAUCAAACAGCGUUUCAGUUGGUAUAUGAAAAAUCAAGAUUGAAGGAUGAUUCAGAUGGGAAUCCAGAGCAAAAUGUUAACUGAUUGAAUACCCAAAGAAAAAGUGAUGUCUUUGCAACUUCAUUUGAUUUUUCUUUGCAAAGUUAUUUUUAAAAAUGGAUGCAUCUAUCAAAUGAAACUGGUCUGAUGUUGCAUGAACUUUGGAAACAAAGCAUAAGAAUAAAUUCAAAUCUAUACUGAGGAGCUAUAGAAUUUAGAAAUAAACUUUAAACUACUUUAAGACAGCAAUUACUUUUGCCUCAUGA